GUUCAUUCAGCGAUGGUUUCCCGAGUGCAUGAGAGCACUCGUUCUGUCACUGUUGAAUGGUACGAGCGCGGUGAAACGAAAGGCAAAGAAAUCGAUUUCGAGACGUUGCUGGAACUAAACCAGACUAUGCACUCAAUCCAGCCAGAUGUAUCUGCAUCAACAUCAGCAGCAUCAAUUGACGGCAAGAAGGUAAUGCCAAAAGAGCAGCCUAUGCCCGGUCCGGUAGCUCGUCUAUCAAGUUCAUUUGAAGAAGAAGAGGAUAUACAGCCGGAGCAAACGAACUCUACGCAAGCUGUGAUCCGUUUUCAGAACUUAAAGGCUAGCAUGGCAUCGAACAACGUACAGCAGCAUAACACAAACCGAGCAACGAUUAGUCACACCAACAAUCGAGGGGAUGUACAAGGAGUCGGUCCUGUCGCUAGUCGCAACG